AUGGCAAAGGUUCCACCUGGUCCUGACUUUUCUCGCAUCGCAGCGGAAGUGAGGAGGCGGCUGGGAAAUUUCGGCGACAUCACCGGCCUCGCGGCGCUCGUGGGACUUGGCGGGUUUGUUACCGUGGGUCUGUACAAAUCCAUCUACUUCGUUGAUGGAGGCUGCCGUGCGGUGAAGUUCAACGUCAUAACAGGCAUGAAGGACAAGACUUAUGGUGAAGGAGCCAACUUUGCCAUUCCAUUCCUCGAGAUACCCGUGGUAUUCGACAUCCGAAACAAGCCUACCGAGGUGAUGACGGCGACUGGAAGUCGAGAUUUACAGACUGUUAACCUGGCGGUGCGUGUUCUCUAUCAGCCGAGCGUCAACGAUUUGUCACAUGUCUACCGUAAUCUGGGCAUGGAGUACGCUGAGACGGUGCUCCCAUCGCUCAUCAACGAGAUAAUUCGCGCCGUUAUAGCACAGUUCAACGCUUCGGAUCUUCUCGUGAAGCGUCCCGAAGUGAGCCACCGUAUUGCCGUUAUGCUAGCUGAGCGUGCAAAGCGAUUUAACAUUGGCAUUACUGAUGUGUCCAUCACCCAAAUGAGCUUCGGAAAGGAGUACACCAGCGCUGUGGAGGCAAAACAAGUGGCGCAGCAAAUGGCGGAGCGCGCCAAAUGGCGUGUGGAGCAAGCAGAGCAAGAGAGGAAGGGUGCAGUUCUUUUGGCAGAGGGUGAGGCGGAAGCAGCGAAGCUUAUCGGUGACGCUGUGCAGAAAAACCCCGCCUUUAUUACGCUGCGAGGCUUGGAGGCAUCUCGGACUAUUGCCAAACUAAUUAAGGAUCACGGUGCUGGUGCUUUCUAUCUUGACAGCGAAGGCCUCUACCUCAACAACAACAUCAACGGCAUGAAGGAGCAUGAAAAGAAACACGCGCAAUGA